GAUGGGCGUUCGUGGGUGCGGUGGCAUGGCCACUCACAGAGGUCAGACACGUAGGCCCACCGGCCGGGAAUCCCGUGAGGAGAUGAAGUACCUGUUUCUCAGCCCCUAGAGUUACACUGAAGCAUCUUAGUACAUUGCCCUUCUGCCCUUGUGUAUUAAACUUGCCUGCUUUUGCCUGGGGGGCUCAGUCGGUGAAGCGUCUGCCUUUGGCUCAGGUCAUGAUCCCAGGGUCCUGGGAUGGAGCCCGCAUCGGGCUCCCUGCUCAGCGGGAAGCCUGCUUAUGCCCCCCUUCCCCAAGCUGGCUUGUGUGCUCUCUCUCUCAAAAGACUAGAAACAAAAAAAAUUGCCUGCUCUUGGCUUUUUAUUUCAUGCUUUUAUUUAUUAUACAUAUUUAUUUAAUAUACACUACUUAUUUGACUGACAGGGUGAAAUCUUUUUCUUUACAUCCUAUAUAGUUCAUAUAUGUACCUAUUUUUACUCAUAAAAACACAUGAAAGUUUGUUUUCUAGGCUUUGACAUUUAGUAUUUUUAAAGUAUUUUUUUAAAUUAAGUGUUUCUCAUAUUUCUAAUUCUGUGUGGUUGUAUAACUGUACAACAAGGUGAAAUAACCAUAAGUGACUAUUCUCUGAAGUUUGAGUAUUUAGGAUGGUUUUCAGUUUCCUUUUUUUUUUUUUUGAAGAUUUUAUUUAUUUAUUUGAUAGAGCGAGAGAGUACAAGCAGGGGGAACAGUAAAGGGAGAGGGAGAAGCAGGCUCCCUGCCAAGCAGGGAGCCGGAUGCGGGGCUCGAUCCCAGGACCCCGGGAUCAUGACCCGAGCCGAAGGCAGACGCUCAACCAUCUGAGCCACCCAGGCACCCCGGUUUUCAGUUUUCUUAGGUUAGAAUGAACCCAGGGAAAAUGAGGUGGUCCUGGAACUGGUUAGCCGUGUGGGCCUCUGGCUUGAGGUUCCCGGGGACUAUGGGACAGGUCUGGAAGGGAACCUGUCUCUGUUACUGUGGCUGUUCUUGGCUGUGGGAGGGCACGCAACCACCGCCGAGAGCCAGGGCAGCCUUCUUUGGUCUGUCCCGCUGUAGACAGAAUUGAGUGCAUCUUGAUUCUGCCAGUAGGUGGGUAAGUUCUGGGUUUCUCCUCUUGUCAAGGUUUGAUGGGAAGGGGCGUUUGUCCCACUGAUGGGGCAGGUAGAAUAUCAUUGGCCAGAGGAUGGGCCAGCGGGUGGCGGCUGCAGGGAGGAUUUCCGUGCUGCCGUGUGACAAUCACAGAUACGUCAUGGUCUAGGGAAGUUGUUUUUAGAAAGUUUGGCUACAUUCAGGGAAUUUUGAUAUUCCUCCCAAUACUACCCUGCUUCUAUUCUGAAAUUCUUGCUUUCUUAGACUGUAUGACAUCGUUACCACAAAAACCGGAGGGACGGCGGGGUGGGGGGGGGGGUCGUGGUGAGGCCUGGUUUGCAAGCAAAAGGGAAUGAAGGUUGCUAUCGAUUGACUUUAAAAUGGAAAGAUCAUAGGGGCGCCUGGGUGGCUCAGUCGGUUAAGCGACUGCCUUCAGCUCAGGUCAUGAUCCUGGAGUCCCGGGAUCGAGUCCCGCAUCGGGCUCCCUGCUCGGCGGGGAGUCUGCUUCUCCCUCUGACCCUCCCCCAUCUCGUGCUCUCUAUCUCAUUCUCUCUCGCAAAUAAAUAAAUAAAAUCUUUAAAAAAAAUGGAAAGAUCAUCUCGGAUUAUGUGGGUGAGAACAGGGUCAUCUCAAGGUUCAUCAAAAGUGGAGGCAGAAGGUCGCCAUGGUGAGACGUGAGGGCUCCAGCCUCCGUCGCUGGCUCGGGGGAGGAAGGAAGUGGGCCAUCGGGCAAAGGGCAAGGCAAGGACGGAGUCACCCGUCUAGUCUCCAGAAGGGAGUGCAGCUUGCCCACGUUCUGGUUGCAGCCCAGCGAGACCCUGCGAGGCAACCGCCCAACCACGGCAUGCGUGCGUGCUGUUUUAUGCCCCUGGGCUGACGGGGACUGGCUGUGGCAGCGACAGGGAACCGGGAGUCCUCACUGUUCGCUAAGCUGUGCGGGUAACUGAUGGGCACCCACAGCCCCGCCCGUGCCCCUGGACCCCGUGCCGGCUCCCCCAGGGCCGCCCCCGCCGGGCACCCAGCUUCGGAGGGCACGGCGGGUGCCGGCGCAGCUCCUAGGCCGAGGCUGCUCAAGGACGCGCGGACUGAAGGGAGAGCCGGAGCCGCCCCUGGGCACGAGCGGCGGCGGCGGCCAGCGAGGGACCUCCCGCAGACCCCGGGCCCCGGGCCCCGCGCCCCGCGCAGCCGCGGAGCCGCGGAGCCGCGGAGCCCCGCCCGGACGCCGGAAGCCUAGGCCCCAGCACUUCCGGGAGGGGCGGCGCCCGCGAAGCUGAUUGGUGGUGGCGGCCCACGCGCCGCCGCGCUUCCUGCCGUGCGUGCGCGCCGUCCCCGGAGAGCCGCGGCAUGGCGGGCCCGGAGGCGCUGGGCUUCGAGCACAUGGGUCUGGACCCCCGGCUCCUGCAGGCCGUCGCCGACCUGGGCUGGUCGCGACCCACGCUGAUCCAGGAGAAGGCCAUCCCGCUGGCGCUGGAGGGGAAGGACCUGCUGGCGCGGGCCCGCACGGGCUCGGGGAAGACGGCCGCCUAUGCCCUUCCCGUGCUGCAGCUGCUGCUCCACAGGAAGGCGACAGGCCCUGCAGUGGAGCAGGCUGUGAGGGGGCUCGUCCUGGUGCCCACCAAGGAGCUGGCUCGGCAGGCCCGGUCCAUGAUCCAGCAGCUGGCUGCCUACUGCGCUCGGGACAUCCGGGUGGCUAACGUCUCCGCUACCGAAGACUCAACCUCUGAGCGAGCUGUGCUGAUGGAGAAGCCCGACAUAGUCGUGGGGACCCCAUCGCGCAUCUUGAACCACUUGCAGCAGAACAGUUUGGUCCUGCGAGACUCCCUGGAGCUGCUGGUGCUGGAUGAGGCUGACCUUCUUUUCUCCUUUGGUUUCGAGGAAGAACUCAAAACUCUGCUCUGUCACCUGCCCCGGAUUUAUCAGGCUUUUCUGAUGUCGGCUACCUUUAACGAGGACGUCCAAGCACUCAAGGAGCUGGUACUCCAUAAUCCAGUGACUCUCAAGCUGCAGGAGUCCCAGCUGCCGGGGCCAGACCAGCUGCGGCAGUUCCAGGUAGUCUGUCAGACACAGGAGGAUAAGUUCUUGCUGCUCUAUGCCCUGCUCAAGCUGUCAUUGAUCCGCGGCAAGUCCCUGCUCUUUGUCAACACUCUGGAGAGGAGUUACCGGCUGCGCCUGUUCCUGGAGCAGUUCAGCAUCCCCACCUGCGUGCUCAAUGGAGAGCUCCCGCUGUGCUCCAGGUGCCACAUCAUUUCACAGUUCAACCAGGGCUUUUACGACUGUGUCAUAGCGACCGACGCCGAAGUCCUGGGGGCCCCUGUCAAGGGCAAGCGUCGGGGCCGAGGAUCCAAGGGGGACAGGGCUUCUGAUCCGGAGGCAGGCGUGGCCCGGGGCAUAGACUUCCACCACGUGUCUGCUGUGCUCAACUUUGACCUGCCCCCCACCCCUGAGGCCUACAUCCAUCGAGCUGGCAGGACGGCGCGCGCCAACAACCCGGGCAUGGUUUUGACCUUCGUGCUGCCCACUGAGCAGUCCCACCUGGGCACGAUCGAGGAGCUGCUCAGCGGAGGGAAGGCGUGGGCUGAGUGCUGGGCUGCUUCGUCCCAGGGAGGGCCUGCGGGGGCCUCUGAGCUGAUGGCCUCCGGUAGACCCGCCCUGAACCUUCAGGGGACCCUCACUGCCCUGCUCUCCACAGAGAAUGGGGCCCCCGUCCUGCUUCCCUAUCAGUUCCGCAUGGAGGAGAUCGAGGGCUUCCGCUACCGCUGCCGGGAUGCCAUGCGCUCAGUGACCAAACAGGCCAUUCGAGAGGCGAGGCUGAAGGAGAUCAAGGAGGAGCUUCUGCACUCAGAGAGGCUCAGGACGUACUUUGAAGACAACCCCCGGGACCUCCAGCUGCUGCGGCAUGACCUGCCCUUGCACCCUGCCGUGGUGAAGCCUCACCUGGGCCACGUCCCUGACUACCUGGUUCCCCCUGCUCUGCGCGGCCUCGUCCACCCUCACAAGAAGCGGAAGAAGCUGGCCUCCAAGAAGGUCAAGAAGGCCAAGACCCAGAAUCCCCUGCGCAGCUUCAGGCACAGAAAAGAGAGAAGCGGACCCACAGCCGUGUCUUCCUGAGGUCGUCUGCACAGCGUCGCUGGCUCCCUGGGCCGCUUCCCAGGCUGAGCGUUGAGCAGGGUGCGGGCGCCAGCCUCCCAGCCUGGCUGGACUGGAUUCCGGAGCAGGCCCACGGUGCUGCCCUGCUCGCCUAAUAGACUCCAGCCGUCGUGGCUCGGGCUUCCUGCAAGUAGGAAGGGAUACCCGUCCCUGGGAACCUUGGGAAUUAAACCGCUUCCCUGA